CUUUUAAGUUUUAACAUCUUGAUCUUCAACAUUUUUUUCAAAGUCUCCCCUAGUAAAACAUCUUCAACUCUCUUUAAUCCACCGUAGCACCACCCAAUUUACCCGGAAACCACCGCCACUCACCAUUUCAACCAUCAUAUGUAUCAAAGUUUGAAUCUUUUUCCAGUUUCACCAAAAGGGUCCUUAUAUUUAUCACUCUUAAACCAACCCCAUAUCAUUAAAGUCUAAAACCACCGUAUCACCGCCGUAAAAUACCGUCGUAAACAACCAUCAUAUUUUGUUUUAUAGAAAAGUUCAAAUCUUUUUCAGUUUUUACAAAAUGGGUUGUUGUGCUAGUACAAAUAAACCAACCCCAUCUCAUGGAUUCCGUCAACAUUCAUCGAAAUCAAGCAGAGCUCCGCCGCCGGUGGAUGAGGAGCUGGUGAAGGAAGUGCUUUCUGAAACCACAAAUCCAAAGCAUUUUAACAAAAUCGAAGAGCAACCCAGAAAAACUACACCCAGAAAUAGUAUAUACAAGAUCCAAAAUCAAAGGAUUAACAAUCUUGAAGAAAACAAUAUUUCCGGCGAAGUUUCCGGAGAUGUGUCUGAGAUCUGUAGUAAUAUGAGUGAGACUGUUUCAACCACCACAUUUGAAGAAGACGUUGAGGUUCUUCGCCGGAGAGUAACUGACAGAUCUCCGGCGAAGUUACGGAACCGGCAGGCGCUUUCCGGCGAGCUACGAAUGACCAGAAAUUCUCCGGUGAAAGUCAAACAACAGUCUCCGGGUCGGGUCAGAUCCGGAACUUUACCCGGGUCUGAAGGUUACAAUCGUGGACCUGGUUUUGGGUCGGCAGGCAGGCAAAGGCCCAUGCCAGGGAGUGGGCCAGGUUCGCGGUCUAGAUCUCCCGCGAACCGUAUGGUGCCGAGACAGGGAGGAGGUGGUGGUGGUGGGGCUAGAAAUGGGUCGGGUAGAAGCCCAUCUGCGAAAAGGAGGGAAAACUCCCCGGGUCGAUUUGAGCCAGGUUUACCGGAUCAGGUACUGAAACCUGAACCACCAAGUUUGGGCUUGGAGGGUGAAGAUUUUGGAUGGGGUCCUGUAGAUAGAAAUGAGGAUGAAUUACUUGAUAAUCCACUUGUGUCCUUGGAAUGUUUUAUUUUCCUUUGAAAAGUGGGUAAUUUAAAUAAUUUAUCCUUUGAAGAAUCAUUUUAAGAUGUUUAGUAUAGUUAUAUAUAUCAGAUUAAAUGAUAUAGCAACGAAAAGUGAUAAUUUAUCAUGUCAUAAUUAAAAUGUGGAUUAUAGUGAUUUUCAAUAGGAUGGUUAGAAAAAUAUAUUUAAGCUAUUAUUGUAGCUGGAGUUGUAAUUUUAAGGCCUUGAUAACUUGAUUGGCUAUGUAGUAAUUUGAAAAGUAAACAUGGAUGCACUUUAUUGGUU